UUUUCACAGUUGCAUCACAUUAUCCACCAAUAACACUAGUUUUGCCAGUUUUGCUCAAUUCACGAUUAUCUCCUCCCCCCUGACGCAGAGCUUGACUGUAAACAACUGCGCGUCACUUCCCAUUUUACUUGCCCAUAGACGGUUGUGAAAGAUUUCGCUUUUGGUUUUCUAGAACAAAAACGUUUUUAAGGAAAUUGUAACUUUAACAUGGCGUCGGUAGAUUCAAAAGUUGAUUUGUGGAAGAUUCCAUUAAUAGCGCUUAAUGUUAAGGUUAGGAAAAAGUUAGGUCUUUUCUUGAAUCCUAAAAACACAGUGGCCGCUGAUUGGAGAACCGUCGCAGAAGAAAUGGGAUUCUCAUACUUGGAGAUAACAAAUUAUGAGAACUCUAAAAACCCCACAGACGAGAUCUUAAAGAACUGGCAGGCUCAAUACACAGAAACAUCGGUCGGAAAGUUGCUGUUCAUUCUCACGGAAGUAGAGAGAACAGAUGUCGUGGAGGAACUUCGUGCCUUGAUAGAUGAAGACGUGAGGAAGUAUAUAGAGUCUGCAAAGAGGAAGGAUGACCCUCCUGUGCAGGUGCCUGAGGUGGACAGCUGUGUGCCCCGUACCCCUGAAAGAUUUGGGAUCACUUUGGCAGAUGACCCUGACGGUGCCCCAGAAUUGUUUGAUGCAUUCAUCUGCUACUGCCAGAGUGACUUCAACUUUGUUCAUGACAUGAUUCGAGAAUUGGAGCAGACAGAAUACAAGCUCAAACUAUGUGUGUUUGAUAGAGAUGUUCUUCCAGGCUCCUGUGUCUGGACCAUCACAAGUGAACUUAUUGAAAAAAGAUGUAAAAGAAUGGUAGUGGUGGUUUCUGAUGAAUACCUUGAGAGUGAUGCUUGUGACUUUCAGACUAAAUUUGCACUUAGCCUUUGUCCUGGUGCUCGAAGCAAACGUUUAAUACCAGUGAUAUACAGACCAAUGUCAAAACCAUUCCCCAGUAUUUUGCGUUUUUUGACCGUGUGUGACUACACUCGUCCUUGCACACAGUCCUGGUUUUGGGUGCGACUGGCUAAAGCUCUUUCUCUUCCAUAAAGAGGAUUCAUGAUGAACAGGGUUUCUUGUGACAUGUGCCACUGAAGCACACAAAGUGCCAACAUAUAUCUUGUUCCAUACAUGGUUCGAAAAUAGGUCUACUUACACAGACUGGGAAUAAUAAUUCUAUCAAACAGUUUUGUGCAUGUUGUAAUAUUACAAGCCAGUUUAUUUUAUGUAUAGGUUUAUACAAGGAAGGUAAUGGGGCAGUGCCAACUUUCCUUCUAUUGCAGAAACCACUUCCUCUGUUGAGACAACUUCUAGAUGAAGCUAAACCGCAAAGGAAAAGAUUUUACCAGAUUAUUUUCAUGGUUUUCAUGUACGCUUCAUACACUGUGAUCUCAUGUGUUCCAUUAUGAUUUUUGUAUCUGUUUUGUAAAACGAAUAAAUUACAUUUUUAUACUA